ACGGGUUUGUCUUGAAAGGCCCUUAUUUCAGAGUCCUAGACAGACAGACACAUAUUCUCUCUCACUACAUAACCGAGGACCGAAAAAAUUAUUAUUAUUUUUUAAAAUGUAAUUUUAUUAUUAUCUCCUUCCUUUCUUUUCUUAUUUAUUAAAAAAUAAUAAUAAUACCAAAUCAACUGCAUCCCACAGUGCCACUCCUCUUCCCCAACAUUUUUAUCCACCACCAUUCACACACUCUCUCUCUCAUUUCAACCCCACACUCCUUAAACCCACUGUGUCCUUCUCAGAUCUCCUUUUCUUUCUUUCUCUCUCUCUCUCUAUCUAUCUCACUCAUAGACUCAGACAUAGUGAGAAGAAGCUAAAAAAAAGAAUAGAGUGUUUUUUUUCCUUAGCUUGUUGUUUUGUAUCGAUCAUCCAUCUUCAAUGGCUUUGAUGCUAGACAAUUGCGAAGGCAUAUUACUGUCGUUAGAUUCCCAUAAAUCAGUCCCAGCACCAUUCCUAACAAAGACUUACCAGCUGGUUGACGAUCCCUCCACCGACCAUAUAGUCUCUUGGGGUGAAGACGACACUACCUUCGUCGUUUGGCGGCCUCCUGAGUUCGCUCGCGAUCUCUUACCCAAUUAUUUCAAGCACAACAACUUCUCCAGCUUUGUCCGCCAGCUCAACACCUAUGGUUUUAGAAAGAUUGUACCGGAUAGGUGGGAGUUUGCGAACGAAUUCUUCAAGAAGGGAGAGAAGCACUUGCUGUGUGAGAUCCACAGAAGAAAGACGGCUCAGCCUCAAGUAGCAGUUAACCACCACCACCACCACCACCACAAUCCACAUUCUCCGCUAGGUAUCAACGGCCCAAGUUUCUUCCCCUUUUCGAGCCGAGUUAGCAUCUCGCCCUCCGAUUCCGACGAGCAGCAUAAUUGGUGCGACUCGCCGCCGCCGCCUCUCUCGUCGCCCAGGGGAGGAAACACCGGAGGAGGAGUUCCCGCUGCAGGAGGAUGUAACUAUAACACUUCGGUUACAGCUCUGUCGGAGGACAACGAAAGGCUGAGGCGGAGCAACUCCAUGUUAAUGUCUGAGCUAGCCCACAUGAGAAAACUCUACAAUGAUAUAAUUUAUUUUGUUCAGAACCAUGUGAAGCCUGUGGCUCCGAGCAAUUCUUAUCCUUCUUUGCUUCUUUGCAAUGCACCCGCCUCAGUCAUAAAUUCGAAUAAUAAUGCUUCCACCCUACACAACAAGCCUUUGAACCAGUUCCUUGGGUAUUAUCCUAAUAAUAACAACCCUAAACAAAACCAUCCUCCUCCUCCUCCUCCUCAGCUUCAUGCUUUGAACUCUCCCUCUACUACGUCCAAGAGUUCAGUCACGAUUCUCGAAGAACCAAGCAGCAACGGAUGCAAAACCAAGCUCUUCGGUGUGCCGCUUCAUUCCAAGAAAAGAUUGCAUCCCGAGUAUGCUUCUAAUCCUACCACUAUGGAGACCAACAAGGCUCGUUUAGUUCUGGAAAAGGAUGAUCUAGGCCUCAAUCUCAUGCCUCCCUCCACAUGUUAGUUAGCUUUAAUCAAAUCUAUUUAAGAAUAUCAAAGCCUUUCAAUUUAUUAUUAUUAUUAAUUUUUUUUUAAAAAAAUUUUCCAGCUUGAUUUUUUUUUCUUUCCUGUGAGUUUUGGGUCCGAAGAACAGUCAGAUGAUGAUAACAUCAUUGGUAAAAUAUGUGUGUGCGUGCGUGUGAGUGUCUGUGAUUUGAGUCUGCGACUCCGUGUACAUAUAACUUCAGUGCCGGUGAUAUCUUUGUUUACUCACCGUCAUGAAUGCGCAGGUGGGUUUUGGUUAGAGCGAAAAAAAAAAAGGCCAACACCAUCGUUUCUUUUUUUAAUUAACUUUUUUUGCCAUUCCGAGUGGUGCAAUUUAAUGCUCUCUAUCAUGGGAUUUCUA